UGCUCAAGUGCCCAGAGGUGGCAGGUCUGCGAGCUGGAGAGCCAGGAAUGAGGGGGCUAGGGUUUGGAGAUGCUUGGGGACCAGGGCAUACGCAGCUCACAGCCUUCGCUGGCCCCAGCCAAGGUGCAGGCCGAGCUAGACGCCGUGGUGGGUCGGAUGCGCGCCCCAUGCCUGGAGGACCGUGGGCGCCUGCCCUACACGAACACGGUGCUGCAUGAGAUCCAGCACUUCAUCACUGUGCUACCACUGGGGAUGCCGCGUGCCGUCACCUGCGAUACCCACCUGCAUGGCCACUUCCUGCCCAAGGGCACCUCCGUGAUUCCUCUGCUAGCGUCUGCACACCGGGACCCCACCCAAUUCACGGACCCAGACUGCUUCAACCCAGCCAACUUCUUGAACGACAAGGGCGAGUUCCAGAGCAAUGACGCUUUCAUGCCCUUUGCCUCAGGUCCGAGUCAGGCAGGGAGGGGACCAGCCUGGACAGGCCCUGGGGCACAUGGGGUUCUCAUCCCACAUCCUUGUGUCCCCAGGAAAGCGAAUGUGCCCGGGUGCAGGCCUGGCCAGAUCAGAGAUGUUCCUCUUCCUCACUACCAUCCUGCAGCAGUUCCGCCUGCUCCCUGUGGGGAGCCCCACUGGCCUCACCCCACAGCACACUAGCCUGGGCAACAUCCCCCCACCGGUCUUCCAGCUCCGCCUGGUGGCCCGCUGAGG